AACAGUAGCGGGGCAGAAGCGGCCAGGGCAGCAACCAGGGCGCUCGGAGCGGUGCUGCGCCGCCGACAGUUUGUGGGUCGGCGCGCGGUGACCGAACCCCAUGUGAGCGUCUCCUCCUGCCCCCGACGACGCAACAGCUUAGGAGUCAGCAGCUCCAUCACAGCUUCCAUCAUCGUGGAAGAAGAGGAGGAGGAACAGUCCCCUCCACUAUGGGAGCGCUCAAGGAGGAUGUCGGCCAUCUGCUUCGUGUGUAACCUGCCCAUCCUGAGCCAUCAGGUCGGGCUGGUCUGGGAGGGCGGCAAUGGCUACGACGAGAUGCAGAGCGAGAGUUCCUCGCCGCGGCCCCGUGUGGGCCGCCGGGACUCCUCUGCACAGAUUACCACCAUCGAGCCCCCGCGGGAGAUACGGGAAACCUCCCCCCCUACCUCCCGCAGGCGGCGCUCCUCCUUGGCGCAGCUGACGGACAUCUUACGGGACUGGGGUCGGCGGGACGCGGCUGAGCAGCGGUCCACCAGCACGUGCACCACGGCCAGCACCACGCCCGUCGGCCCGCUCACCCGGAGGGAAAGUCGGGAUCUGAGCCGCCGAGAGUCGUUCGUAGAGAUGGCCAAGUCCCUCCCAUGGAGAAGGAAAGAGUCCCUCGUGGACGUCCCGCGCAUUAAGAACCGACGGGAGUCCUCCGCUGAGAUGAAGAAGAGACGGCAGAGCGGCACUGACAUACGGACUGACAUCGCAAAGUUCCUGGCGCGGCGGGAGAGUGUGACGGAGAUACUCAGGCGGCGACGAGACUCGCUGGAGCAGGAGAAGAAGGAGAGGCGAGACUCGACGACGCAGGUGUACACACGCUCCUCCCGCAACAGUGUGGACAAGACCGCUUCCCCCGACCGCCCCGAGAUCCAUUCCCCACGCCACGUGUCUUCACCCGAGCCCCGCGACUUGGCCCCAAGACCCUCCGUCACACCCCAGGUGUCAGCUGAGUCCCACGUCUCCCAAGUAUCAUUAGCCUCCCAGCUGUCAGGCGUCGGGGAGGCGGCGGGCGGGGGCACAGCCGAGGUGAGGUCGCCUGUGUCCUCGCCCGCACCGUCUUCGCCUACCCUCACCGCCAAACGCGAGUCCAUCACGCAGAUCUACCGCGGCCGGCGAGACUCUCGGCCGCAGGUGUCGCCGGAGCGAGGGUCGGGGCGGGGCAGCAGAGAACCUUCGCCGAAGUAUACCAGACUCCGCCGCCAGUCCACCGCCAUCGAAGAGGUCCUGCCCCUGCCCGGAUCCCGAAGAGGUUCUCGCCCCUACCUAUCGCCCGACGGACCUGAGAUUGACGGCCUCGCCAAGAAAUGUCGCCGAGACUCCCUGUCGCCGGACUCAGCGGCGGCGGAGGAGCUGUCGCUGGGCAGGAAGGCGCGAAGAGACUCUCGUCCUCACCUCUCCCCCGAAGCCAGUGAUUCCAACUCUCGCGAGACGUCCCCGAGGAGCAGACUCCGCCGCCAGUCCACCACGGCGGCUGAGUACUGUGGUCGGGGCCGGCGCCCCUCCCGCUCACCAAGGUCACCCGACUCCUCAUCCACCUGCUCCUCAAGGGAACACUCACCCAAAGAGAGAGGGUUGCGGCGCCAGUCCACGACGGAGGAGAUCCUGCUGUCUCGCGGCUUCAGAAGACAAUCCACCACCGAGGACAUCAUGCGGGCCAGGAACUUCCGCCGUCAGAGCACCCAGAGCGAGGAGAUGUCGAGGUCACGCGGCCGACGAGACUCCUCCGCGCAGAUCACGGACGGCACCCUGGCCACCAUGACCGUCGAGACCUCUUGUGCCUUCUUCGACACCUCCACGCAGACAGGCAAAAAGAAGGACAGGUCAUCAAAGGGAUCCCUGUACGACAACAACAACUACCACGAGGAAUGCCUGCGCUGUAACUCCUGUGGCCUAAACCUCACGGGGCCCAACCAGACGCGAGCAAGGCGGUACAAGAACCAGUUCCUGUGUGACCUCCACUUCGCUGAUGUUGCCCUCAUGGAGACCUCCGACUUCCUUCAGCAACUCCGAUCAUUCAAGCCUCAGAGCCUUGGUUGUGCCGUGGCCAGGCGAAAGUCAUCCACCACCUUGAUCUUCCCGCUUCCACCUCAGGCUUGUGCAGAUGAGUUUUGCCCCGGGUACCCUCACAGCCUCCUCCCCACACCUGGCUAUUGGAUUGAGUGUGCCGGCCAGACAGUCCCAGAUGAUACCAUAUGGGACGAGUCUGAGCCUGAGCUGGACGAUGCUUCUCCGCAGAGUGACCACCCAGACAAGGCUGACCAGAACAUCCAGGUGUGUGCAGGUGGGCAGGUGCCAGUGAUCAAUGAGCCUUCACGUCAAAAGACAUGCAUUCAGGAGCAGUGGGAGAGGAAUGGCCAGUUCGACCUCACCAGCAUCGAUCAGGAGACCUACGAGAAAUACUUUUAUGGGUCUGAACACUGGAACUACUUCACACAGGAUGAAGAUUUGGGCCCCGUCAUUCUCUCCCUCAAGCAGGAGACCUCUAAUGGCAGAGACCAGUUCAGGAUCAUGGUUCGUGGCAUAUCCUACACAGUGCAUGGCCUGGUCCCUGCCUCAUGUGUGUUUGCCGACCGCUACAACAGGGAGGAGGUGGUGCGCUCCUUUGGCCGGGAGAUCAAUCUCAACCCGCCCCUUGUUCUUGGCCAGCUCCCUGACAUCCCUGAGGAGCUUCUAAAACUAGAUCAGGUGUUCAUCAAAAGUGAGCUAAAGGUGGGCGUGGUGUAUGUGAGGGAGGAGCAGUUCACCGAAGAGGAGAUACUGGACAACAACGACACAUCUCCACUCUUCGAGGAAUUCCUGCAGAUCCUUGGUGACAAGGUUCGGCUAAAAGGAUUUGACAAGUAUAAGGGCGGCCUGGACACCGUUCAUGAUCUAACAGGCCUGUACAGUGUGUAUGCCCACUGGAGGAACAUCGAAAUCAUGUUCCAUGUCUCCACUCUCCUCCCUUAUGAGAAGCAUGACCCACAGAAGCUGCAGAGGAAACGACACAUUGGCAACGAUAUAGUGUGUGUGGUGUUUCUGGAGGCAGACAACACUCCUUUCUCACCUGCUUGCAUCAAGUCCCACUUUCUCCACACUUUCAUUGUUGUCAGGACCAGCCCCAGGAUCAAGUUCAAACCCACACGAUAUGAGGUGGCUGUGGUGUCACGGGAUGAGGUGGGGGCUUACAAGCCUUACCUGUUCGAGCAGAGUUGUUUUGAGAAAGGCCCCAUGUUCCGUGAGUGGCUGCUCACCAAGAUUGUGAAUGGUGAACGUGCCUCUUAUUCUGCUCCCAAGUUUGCUCGCAUGCAGGACCGCACCCGAUCCCAAAUGCUUGAAGAUCUGGUAAACAACCUGCAGAACCAUGCUGAAACAGGCCAGAUCCCAAAGCCAUACAGGCGUGGAUCAUGGCGUCCCAUUGGUCACAUGCGUCCAUCAUCGCCACUGCUGGACUCGGUGAGAGAUCUGUUUGAGGGCCAUGACCAGCUGGCCAAGGACUUCACCCGUGCCUUCCACAACAGCGACAACCAGUUUAACAACAUGCUCUUUGAUGUCACAUUCCUUGUGGGCUCUGGCAAAGAGAAGUGCAAACUAUAUGGUGUACGAGCCAUCCUUGGUGUACGUAGCAGAGUGUUCCAGGAGAUGCUGUAUGGCUUCAGCACAGGCUUCGGCUCACCGCAGGUCUCCGUGGCUGACAUCCUGGCCAGGGCCGUCCCGACCCUACACUCGCCCUCACAUAAACCCAAGAGCUCCAACUUUCUGCAGGUGCCUGACAUUGAGACGCCACGGCCCAAGAGUGUCCCCAACUCACCCAUUGUGAUGAGAGCCUUCUCCCGUCUCGGCACCCUCACCUCGGGCUGGGGCAGGUCCUCCAAGAAGAAUGACCGGCUCUCUGUUGAGGACAAGAAGAAAUGGGGCUCCUAUCAAGACUGCACAGGGAAGGAUGGGAAGGAUCGGCAGGGUGAAAAGAACAACGCUCUGGCAGUGCCGCGCCUCAGUGUGUGUGCCGACGGGGGGAAGGUGGACCGGGCGAGGCUUUGUACGACGGAGGUACGUGUGAUGGCGCCACAGACCACGGAGCGACGCCAGACUCAAUUCACCAUCAUCGAAUUUGAGUCUGAGACCUUGAGGAUCUUGCUGGACUACCUUCACACCGGGUCAUGUCCUCUCACCUGCACUUCCAUACCUGGUCUCAUAUGUGCUGCUGAGCAUUAUGACCUCCCGGAGCUGCUGCAGGCCUGCUUCCACCAUGCCAAGCAGUUCCUCCGCAUUGAAGUGGUAUGCAACAUGCUGAGCAGCCUGGAAAACUACUACUGGCGCUACACUUCUGCCUCCGAGCUGGUCAACAUGAUCCUCGCCUUUGUGGAGACCCGAGCCGUGCAGGUGUUCCAGUCUGCAGACUUCCUCCAGUUGUCUGAGUCAAUGGUGCACAUGAUGAUGGCAAGGAACCUGGAGGUAGCUGAAAUCACCAAGUUCGAGGCAAUGCUGGCAUGGGCCAAGAACCGUGUCAAGAUAAAGGGGGCUUCCAAGGUGGAUUCCCGCGUUGAGUUCCGCUGCAUCAUGGAGCGACUGACUAGGGAGCUGAAGCCUUACAGGAUCUCCCCGCAGGACCUCAUCAAGAUCGUCUUACCCAGCAAAGCCAUCAAGAAUGAACGGAUUCUGGAGACCCUCAUGUUUCAAGCCAACUCCGGCAUGUACAGGAUCAACGACUCGUAUCUCGAAGCCUGUCAGCAGCGUCUCCAGAAACAAGAUUCGAAGUUCAGCGAGUGGGAGUCCUUUGACUACGGACUAUAGCGCCGGGUCUUCCCCCUCCUCCUCUCCCUCUUCUUGCUGCACCUCACCACCACAACAUACACCGCCACCACCACCACCACCACCGCAGGUCGGGGUGUCAAACAGAAGAGCAUCUAUGUCGUGCACCUUCGGCAGCUUCUUCGAUACUGACUUCACUUGGCAGAUCCUCUUCCUUACCUCUUCACUCGCCUAAGUUUCAAUGUAAGGUUGACGUUGUUUCUCUUCCUGGGGCAGCGUGUGUGUGAGCUGUGCGGCGUUGGCGAACAAACAAAACAGGAUAGCGAGGCCCUUUUCUCGUUAGGUUGUGAAGAGGAACAGGAUAACGAUAAUAGAUAUUUUAACUGCUGUGGCCAAUUGGGUGGUCCUUUCUUUCUUGUUUUGUUUUUAAAAGGAAACAGGUCAGUAACAAAGAUAUGAUAGACUCUGUGGCUAAUUGAAAUGUUCUCUUUCUCAUUUGGUUGCUAAGAGAAACAGAUUACCAAAAGAUGAAACAGACUGAAGCGACCACUUUUUUCAGAGUUGGUCCCGUUUGUGUGUGUGCGUGUGUGUGUGUAUAUGGGUGUGGGUGUGACCUCAGGAGGAAUAUUAUGUACCCUAUGUAUCCCGACGCUCCGUGACCUAUUAUCGCAGGUCAGGUCACCAGGCGCCCAGAGGAGGUCAUAGAAUCUGUCUUUAAAAACAGAUGCCAACCGUUACUUGUUACUCUUAUUUCUCUGUGAUACUCUGCUCUUUCCUUCGCCAUGUCGUGUGUGUACUUGUCUGCAUGCCCAUGUGUGUGUUUGUGUGUAUUUGCAUGUGUACCUGUAUGCAUGUGUGCGUGUGUGCAUUGGUGUGCAGGUGUAUGUACUGCGCGCACCAUAUCGCACCUGCCUAGAUGGUCUCACCGUAGUGAACCAAAGGCCAAGUAACUUAAAAGUGUAACGAGAGGCAGACAAAUCCUUUCAGUUUAGAUCAGACAAACGUGCUAAUAUAUCGAGUAAGGCUAAACAAACAAAUGACAGACAAACAAUCAACCUAACUAAACAGCUACGUAAAAAUGAUUACAUCCCAACUGUUUUGGACACACACAUUUGUGACGCCCAAGGCAAGGCGAACACCCACACACCAAAGCAGACCAAACCUUAGACUUAGAGGGAGACGACAUAAAUGAAGUUUUUUAAUGAGUCACCCAUCCAUCCUUUCCCAACACUGACCACCACCAAUAACAGCAACUACAACAACAAUGACAACAACAGGAACAAUUUAUCUUCACUCACCUACACAAUAGCCCAAAACGACAAGUAAAACAAAAACAGUGAUAACAGCAAUUCAUAUUUUACUACCCUCUUUUAAAAUAAUAAAUAAGAAUGACAAAAUAGCUAAGAGAACAAAUUUUUAAUACAAUGAAGCAUUCGUAGUUGAUAUAUACUAUAUAUUUACACAGUAUACGUGCAGUUCAAUCUUAGGGUAUGUUCUAAUACUUAUUUUUUAUUUUCAUAUAUAAUUUACCGUCUCCAAACCUCUACACAAAGGUAAAUAGAUAAUAAAUGACAAACUUCCGACACAAACUCAGACUUAGACUCGUUCAGGUGCCAACUUCCGCCCUUUAUAGUUGAAGUUUCCUGGAACUAAAAAAGUGUGUAUAAUGCGAAAAGCUGUGAAAAUAAUACGCUUAUUGUCUAGAAAAUAUAAUAGUGAGGGAGGGAACAUGGGAGGGAGAGGGAGGGAAACUGGGAGGGAGAUAGGGAGGGUUGUGGGAGGGGGGAAGGGAGGGAGGGACAGAUAAGGGGGUUGAUUGACAUAGAAGACAAGAUUACAAGACAAAGAUGCGACAAUAAAAUCUAUAUCUUCCACAUCGCCAUGGAGGAUUAUAAAACACUGAGUGGUAGUAAUUUGCUUUUUACAUUAUGGACAAAAGAAAAUAAGUAUGGAUUUGAAGGUAUAUAUUUAACUUUUUUGUGAGUGGAUUGACAUAAAUCUUGGUGAAUCGAGGUCACCCCAAGCUCUGGGGCCGGAUUCUCAAAGUACGUAGCGCUGCGUUCUCUCAGCCACCUCAAGACGCCUAUACAGCGACGAGCUUUGGUGACUCCUCCAGACAUAUUCCCGUACAAAACCAAGGUCACUACUAACCCGUGUAGCUAAGGCGCCAUGUUCUAUAUCAUAUAUUCUCCAAAGGUAUCUGAAUAGCCAAUCAGCACAUAGAUAAUCAGCGGCAGAUUACUGACUGUCUAAAUAGGGAAACAUGCUUUUAGUACUUUUAUGACCCCAUUAAACCCCAUUCGAUCACAUGAUCAUGUAAGGCCUAUGGAAGGAGCUCAUUCUCAAAGUAAAGUAUACAUAAUCUUGUCUUAAAUUAGAGCUUAGAGAUUUUCAGACUCCUAUGGCAUUUUUUCCUGAAACAAUUCAGUGACAUAUUACUUACAUUUUGCUGUGUAGUGGAAACAGCAAAUCCAUCAUCUGUUUUAGCUGUCAGGUGAUGACACAAUUUAGAUUGGGAGGACGUGCAGACGGUGGUGUGUGUGAGGGACGGCAUGCAGCAGACCGGCUAAAUACAGAAAAAAAAUCAUUCAGCUGCUAAAACAAAUACUACAGAAUUUGAUGAUCAAGGUUCGUUAAUUGAAUCUUUUUAUUUCUAGGAAAUACUGUUUAAAAGAUUAGUGUGCACCUUGAUGUUUUUUCAUAUUGUUAAGAGAAAUACAGGUGACAAUGAAAAUUGUUCAGCCUCUUAUCAUGUUAAGGUGACUUGCACUCUGCCUUAGCAAGUUUUCCUUACCAAAGGCACCCUGUAACUAAGGUCACCUUUGAGAACAGGCCUCGAUGCCUUAGGUACUCCGCGCCGCGUGCAAGGCGAACUUGGCCUCCCGAGGUCACCCUAGUGGCUUUGAGAGUCCGGCCCCUGUUUUCGUGCCCAAUAUCCCUUGUCGGUGUGACUUCUUGUGGUCCGUCACCUCCCCGUUGGUAUAGUGAUGUGUUCCUCCAUAAACGGGUCGGCUCCCUCCCAAACCAACUCCUCCAUCUCCUCCGGCUCCUCGUUUUCCUGUUCCUCAUGAUCCUGCAUUCCCUCAUAUUGCCGUGGCCGUCUCCUUCCCUGCCACCCCCGCCUCCUCACCCCCGCCGAAGGUGACCCAAACACUCUGGGAGGCUGUGUGCUCCUGCUCUGACGCUUACUCUUCCAACCCGCAGGACCGCCAUGCGCACGAGGCUCACCGAGUGUUGGCAGGACGUGAUAGAGGCUCUCCUGAUGGAGGGCGCAACGGGAACAGUGAAUGCGUUAGGCCGCGAUGGAGACGAUAAGACAAUACGCUAGCUCGCGACGAAAUCGUUGAUAGAUAUUAGACCGCGAUAGAGACGCUAAGACUAUAUGUUAGCUCGCUACGGAGAUUAUAAUUAAAGAGUUGGCCGAGCCCCAUCACCGCUCCGCCGAGGCUGUGGUGGAUGUGAUGCGGUGCACCGAGCGCCACCAGGCUGAGUUACAGGACCAUUGCAAUAAGAAAUAAUUCGGAGGGACUGAAUUUUCCGCUCACUCCAGCGUUGGUUGUCAGGCAUGAAUGAGUUUUGAGUGUCGAGGACGGUCGGUCAGUGUCUCGCUCGCCUUCAGCGGGGCUCCUCCAGCUGUGUGGCGUCUGAAACACAGCGGCAGACACGCGCAGCCCCUGUGAGGCCGGCGGUGGCUUGCGGCGGCGCGCCGAGUCUCCUCACCCUCCGCUGCUCCUCAUGUUCUUAGGAUCUAAUUUUUGUGAAGCUUCGACGCCUUUGUCUUGUCGGACUUCAAUUUCCUCCUACCGAGAUCUUCUUUGUGAUAUUCCAUAUGCAUUUCCUCAUCUAGAUAUUACUGGGCAGAUUCGCAGACUACGCAUUUGCAGACUUCCAUUUUUAGACUGAUAUCUGUCUUGUUCAAUCGGAUGAUCCUCAUUUUUUACAGCAUUGGAAGCUUUACACAACAGCUUCUGAAAUAAAGGCAUGACAAUAGAGACUCCGCUUUAUUUUUCUGCGUUAUUCACGGAGUUGUCUCAACAGCAUCUGGAUUCUCUUAUAACAGUACUACAGAUGAACGCCGACCAUUUUUAAUCAACUGUAACCUAUAUGCCAGGCCAGCACGCUGGCUCACUCAUCAUUUCUCGCACUCAGGGACAGUCCCACUCCACGUCCUUUUGAAACGAAGAGCAACAACACACCAUCUUGGAGAGAGGGACGGAAUCCGAUCACACGCGUGUAUUUUAAUGAGAAGUGGAGGCCGUUCAGUCGUUGCGUUCAUUCUGCUUGUUUCCCUACCCACUGCGGCGUUGAACCGGUGACAGAAAGUGAACAACGAUACUGUGGAACCUAGAGGAACAUUGUGGAACAUCAGAUAAAACAUUGAAAAGGAAUAUUUAAAACACUUUUCCAGCCACACCUCUCCUGGGUGUGGAAGGUGACGGCGUGGGGGGGAGGGAGAAACCUGUGUGUGUGUGUGUGUGUGUGUGUGUGUGUGAGAGAGAGAGAGAGAGAGAGAGAGAGUGCAUAGCUCCCAUCCCCCCACAACACUUAACAAAACCAUAUAAAUGAUGAUGCUAAUGAUGCUGCUGCUGAUGAUGAUGUUCGUGUAUAAUUUCAUGUCUCGUUCUUUCUGUCGAUUGGGCGACACAAAAUGGAGAUUCUCAUAGUAUGUAUGAGUACUGUAGUGACUUAACUCUUACCGGGGUGGGGCGGGGCAGGGAUGGGGCGAGACGUGGGUGAUAGGAGGCGGGGCGAGAUGGGGGGCGAUGCUCUUUUCUUUCUGACUCUCCGCCCCGCCCCGCCCCACCACGCCCCGCCCCCAAAUUCUAUACGUCACAGCUGGGUCUCUGGCGGCCUGAGGGUCAUGGGUUGUGGGUUGCCUACUCUAGAGGGAGCUGCUUCCCCCUCCCCCCCCCCUUCCCCCACUUCAUCCUCUCUGGAAAGCUGUUUUAUGGACUGUUUUGUUCCUUUUCUUUGAACCUUUCGUGCCUCCCUGUGUGUGUGUGUGUGUGUGUGUGUGUGUGUGUGUGUGUGUGUGUGUGUGUGUGUGUGUGUGUGUGUGUGUCACAUGUUUUUUUGGCUUUGGUUGAUUGAUGUACAUUUCUCAUAUUGUUUAUUUUCUUAUUUACUUUCUUACUUGGGCUCGUGUUUUCUCUUCUCAAGUAACCGCUGCACAUUUACUUUUCGUGGAAUUACUUUAUCAUUCAACUUUUAUUGUCGUAUAUAUUUUCUCUACCCGAUUCUUUUUAUCAUGUUUUAUUUUCCCUUCUCUAAAUUGCUUCCUUCGUGCGACCCGUUCCUACGAUGACUUAAAAGUUUCAUGAUUACUUGUUGUCAGUUUCCUGCCCCGCUCCUCCCCAGCUUUCCCCCGUCCCUCCCCCCCAGGCCCCAGGGAACAGCUCCUCCGUUGGUCCUCGGCAAUUUGUAAUGUGUGAUAAAAAUACUCUCAUUCCCAUUAAAUGUACAUUGUUAUUUCACAUACCGCAUGGAUAUAUGUUAUUUCAAAGGGCUUGUAUGAAUAUUUGUAUAGUUGCGUCAAUGGGUAAAAAAAAAUAUACAUACAUAUAUAUAAAUACUAUUCGUCGACUGACAUACUUUUGUGGGUGCGCGCGACUGUUGUUUAGCUUAAAAUAUUAAAAAAAGGAAAGUGAUGGCGGGAAAUACUAUAUAUACAUAUAAAAAAAUGUUUGUGUGUGUCCUGUUUCGCUGGACAUAAAUGUGACAAAAAAUGCUACAAAAAACAAUUGUGUGAGGGAUGGCGUGGCAGCCGUCUUGUUGCUGGUGUUCGUGUCAUCUUUGUUAUGUGGCGGGGCUGUGAGUCGGCCCUCGGCGGGGUUAUAUCUUAGAGCGGCGCCAGCGUCCUCCUCCUCCACUACCACCACCACCACACACCACCACCACCACUACACCAUCACCACCACCACCACUACACCAUCACCACCACCACCACCACCACCACCAUUCUCACCACUAUCACCACCACCAACCAACCACCAGUACCACCGGAGGGCUUUACCUAGAACACUUAAAUUAUCAACCAAAAACUAUCAUUAUCGAGGGGGUAGAAUCAUGCAACAUGCAAGCGGUCCUUUAUAUUUGUGACUUAUCAUCAUCAUUACUGAAUUUAGCCAAACUGCAUUCAACGAUUGUAUGAGCAACGGAGCAUUGUGAUGGCCGUUGAGGGACUUAACAUUGAUUUUGAAUACAUAAAGUGGAAGAUUAAAAUAUUCCGAUUUGUCUCGUGUCGAGGAGGACGGCGGCGCGGUAGUGUAGAAGAGAAACCGAUAAAAAUAACAAAAAAAUAACAGUUUAACCCUUGCUGUGCCAAUUGUGUGUUCGAGUGUACCACAAUCAUGUAGUGUAAUCAAAAAAAUGUUAUUUGUAAUAAUGUUGCCAGAGAGGGUAUCCUUGUUGUCAUCUCUAGCGAAAUAUUUUUCUACUUACUUUUUCAUAGCUACGACUUUCUAGCGCUGCCUCGUGUUUGUUCCUUAGAGAUGAGGCGCCGACCGGGCAAGCCAAGUGCGCACGUGAUUGUCUCCGGGCAAGCCGAGCGCGCACGUGACUGGCUGGCAUCCCUCCGGGUAAAAUCAUGUUAAGCGGCAAACGUUGUGGCCCAGCUGGGUCAUGGCUGGUCGAGCUGGGUAUAGUUUCCGUGUUAGGUCCCCGCUCGACCAGCCACAACUUAGCUCACCAAGGCAGCUAUUCCCACACACCCGGCAGUCAGCGUACUCACCUGGCCCUCGGACUCAUUAGUUCAAAGAUAAAUGCAAACCUGUCUAUCAUUAAGAAUUCAUAAAUUGACGUUUGAACUAAGCGUAUUCGAGUACAAGACAUGUGAAUAAAUUUUUGACAAGGUCUGUGACUUGGUUUCCUCUGAACGAAACUCGUUUGUGCUACAGUCUCGUGUGCGCUUCACUUGUCGGCGCGGCCCCUCAUUCUUAGACCCCCUGAGCGAGACACUCCACUCCGUCGUACAGCUGUGCGUCGUGUAGCCGGACAAUAAACAAGUACUGACAUCUCCGUACUUUCAUUCCUCCCCUGCAGCACCUAGGAAUUAAGCCAAUCAGUCAGCACCUCAAGUUCUCUCGGCCCUAUUUGUGUAGUUAAUCUCUGGCCCUCCUGAAAAGCUGGAUGGCUGGCUGGAAACCUGAGGGGGUCUCGACUGCUGGAUCCUUGAUUGUUCUGCUGGUUGAAUGUUUGGUACUCUGGAUGACUGCGUGGCUGGUUGGUGGGGUGACUGUGAGAAUGGCUGGCUGAAUGGAUGGUUCGGGGACUUACUGGCAGGAUAGUUGGUUAGCUUUAGUAAGUUGGCAGACUGGAUAGGUGAUAUGCUGUGUGACGAGUGGUUGCAUGACUGAUAAAGUAGUUGGCUAUCUGUCUGGACGGCUGCAUUUCCUGACUCAGUCGCAGCCAAACACAAUGGUAAGGAGUCAUGAUUUAUUUAGCUCGCUUGUUUGUAUACAUGUGUGUGGUUGUUUGUUCAUAAUUGAAAUAUUGAAAAUAAUAUAAAUAAGGAAGAAACUAUUAUGAAUACUUAUAAAUACUAUAUAAUACUUUUCCUGCCCAAGUUACACACACAAAAAGAGAGAGAGAGAGAGAGAGAGAGAGAGAGAGAGAGAGAGAGAGAGAGAGAGAGAGAGAGAGAGAGAGAGAGAGAGAGAGAGUCAA